AUGAUGCUCGAAGAUGGACUUGUUUUGAGUGCCUAUUUAUUUUCUAUCGGUAUCUAUGGAUUGAUCACGAGUCGAAAUAUGGUUAGAGCCCUUAUGUGUCUUGAACUUAUACUGAAUGCAGUUAAUAUAAAUUUCGUAACCUUUUCUGAUUUUUUUGAUAGUCGCCAAUUAAAGAGAAAUAUUUUUUCUAUUUUUGUUAUUGCCAUUGCAACCGCUGAAGCUGCUAUCGGACCGGCUAUUGUUUCUUCAAUUUAUCGUAACAGAAAAUCAACUCCGCGGGUUUUUCUAGCCCAAGUGUAUCUUAUUUUUAUCACGAAUUAUUUUCCUUGGUUAACAAUAGUUGUACUUUUACCAAUAGCCGGGGGUUCCUUAAUAUUCUUAUUUCCUCAUCGAGGAAAUAAGGUAAUUAAGUGGUAUACAAUUUGCAUAUGUUUAAUCGAUCUGCUGAUAACAGCCUAUGCAUUUUGUUAUCAUUUCCAAUUGGAUGAUCCAUUAAUCCAACUGACAGAAAAUUAUAAAUGGAUUAAUUUUUUUGAUUUUUACUGGAGAUUCGGAAUAGAUGGACUCUCUAUAGGACCCAUUUUAUUGACGGGAUUUAUUACCACUAUAGCUACUUUAGCGGCUCAACCGGUUACUCGAGAAUCCCGAUUAUUCCAUUUCCUGAUGCUAGCAAUGUACAGCGGUCAAAUAGGACCUUCUUCUUCUCAAGUCAUUUUACUUUUUUUCAUCAUGUGGGAAUUGGAAUUAAUUCCAGUUUAUAUACUUUUAUCCAUGUGGGGGGGAAAGAAACGUUUGUAUUCAGCUACAAAGUUUAUUUUAUACACUGCGGGAAGCUCUAUUUUUUUAUUAAUGGGAAUUCUAGGUAUCGGUUUAUAUAGUUCUAAUGAACCGACAUUAAAUUUUGAAACAUUAACUAAUCAAUCGUAUCCUGGGGUGCUCGAAAUAAUAUUUUAUAUGGGAUUUCUUUUUACUUUUGCUGUAAAAUUGCCGAUUAUACCCUUACAUACAUGGUUACCGGACACCCACGGAGAGGCACAUUACAGCACUUGUAUGCUUUUAGCCGGAAUCUUAUUAAAAAUGGGCGCAUAUGGAUUGGUUCGAAUUAAUAUGGAAUUAUUACCUCACGCUCAUUCCAUAUUUUCCCCCUGGUUAAUGUUAUUAGGUUCAAUUCAAAUAAUCUAUGCAGCUUCAACAUCUCUUGGUCAACGUAAUUUAAAGAAAAGAAUAGCUUAUUCCUCGGUAUCUCAUAUGGGUUUCAUAAUUAUUGGAAUUGGUUCUAUAAGUGAUACGGGGCUCAACGGGGCCAUUUUACAAAUUAUCUCUCAUGGAUUUAUUGGUGCUGCGCUUUUUUUCUUGGCGGGAACUGGUUAUGAUAGACUACGUCUUCUUUAUCUUGACCAAAUGGGUGGAAUGGCUAUCCUAAUGCCCAAAAUAUUCACAGUUUU